AUGGAGAACCUGCCAGCGACUAUAGGUAAUCCAACGUCGACCGAGGAUGUCAGCAGCAUUGUGAGGGCAACAGAUAUGCCAACACCGUCUAUAGCCACAUCAGCAGCUUCCCUGACAUCCACAGGUCUGCCUGCAGCAACAGAUGCUCCGACAGACACUAGGCUAGGCCAACCCACCGGUGCCUCUGCUGGAACCGGCGGGACAUCAGGAGCCGUUGCUGUACCGCAACAGAUUCCCACUAGAUCUGGUCUCAAUACACCUCAAAUUGCAGGAAUAGCCAUUGGUGGUGCUGCCACCGUUGUUAUUGUUAUUGGACUACUCAUUCUUCAGUGCUGGAUACGAAAGCGACGCCAAGAACGCCGGCGAAGCCAAAGACGCUCACGGUUGGUCGAAUCAUCACCGCCCAUGAACAACCAGGGUUCUGAGAAAAAGACUCCGCCCACUCUCGAGAAUGUGGAGACUGGACCUACGGUACCGAAGACUCUGGGUCGCUUCUAUGCUCCACAGCAGCCGGCGGAAGAAAAAAGGAGAAGCUUCUGGCGGAAGAGCAUCAGACCAGAAGAAAUAGGUAUAGCGGUCUCUCCAAAGAUGCCUGGCGAACGCUCUCCUGUAAGCGCAUCUUCUCAGCAGAGCUUCUCUCGGCUACUACCCAAGGUCCCUUCUGCAAUGCUUUGGCCGGCACCACUUGACAUCGAAGCUAGUAGGGAACGAAGGAGAUCUGCGCAGAGACCCGUCAGUAACGUCACCGAGUUUGAGGACGAGUCGGAAACGAAACCACAAGAACCUGAGCGAGUUUUUGUCGACAAUCAGCCUUUCGUAUUAGAGAAACCACCACUGUCAAAACGGCCACAGGGCCGGCCUCCGAAUCUGAGAUUGCCUGCGUUACCUGAAAGCCCUGCUAAGUCUGCAGGACAGACAGCAAGGAUUCCCUUGACCCCAACUUACGACAAUGGCAAUGUUGACUUAUCAUCGCCGCCCAUUAAGAUCCGAUCGCCUGCCACCUCGCAGUUUGCCCUUCCAAUACUUGAACACAAGCUGCCCGCGUCGUCAAUGUAUGCAAACAGAAGUGUCGUGAGGAAGAAGCCCCCAGCAAGACUCCCUCUUCAGGUCAUCAACACUCCGCCUGUGGAGCCUCUUAUGCAGCCACGGAAUCCUCCAAUGCCACCACAAGUCGUGCCGCUGCCUCCUAUGAGCAGAAGAACUAUACCUGUCAGCCGUAGUCUGGAUAGACAAAGUUCCGCCAGCUCCGUUUACACCGAGAUUGAGGAAGAUACAACGCCUGAAGAAUCACACAAGCAACUUGGGAUGAAAACACACCCAACGACAACCUCCCUCGUUCCUCUCGACAUUCGUGGCGUCUCACCUGCGCAAGAGAGCCCCAUCAAGGAUUUGAGGUAUCCUCGGGUUCCUCGCUCGGCAGCCAUAUCCAGACAAGCAGAAAGACCUGCUCAACUUCGAGCAAGCCUCAACCUGUCGACUGUCUCAACUUUCGUACCAGCAUCGGCAUCGGCUGUUCGACCGACUAGGGAUCAGCUUGUCCGCGCCGAGCUGAGCUUUAUGCAAACGGAUACCACCUCCUCAGAUGGAUACUUAUCCGAUGAGAUGAUCGAGUUUCCCUUUCCUCCCACAUCAAAGCUUCACAGGCCGAGCCUGACCGAACUCGGGAGCAAUCCUUCAAGAGGUAAUAAGAGCUUUCCUCUCCAAGUCCCUCCACCUUUAAACGAAGUCAUGAACUCUAGUACUAGGUCAGUCAAUUUCAUCGUUCCGCAACGGUCGCCAUCCUCGAAGGCCCGAUUGACGCCAAGCAAAUCCAGCAGCGGUGAUUUGUAUUUGACUGUUGAAAUAUGA